AUGGAGCGAGACGACCGUGACGCCUCACGCUUUGGUCCGAUGGUGGGAAGAAAAGCGCCUUUGACUGGGGCUGAUUCAAACGUCCAGAUGAAUGCAGCAAACGAUUCAGGACUGAACAGCGAACUGACCACUUUGGCGCCUGCGGGAACCUUGUUUGGCGGGACCUUACUUCCAGACGCCGGAGUAGCCAACGCCCUGGCAUACCCCUUCUCAGGACUUGGAGACCCAAACAAAGAUUCUCACACUUUCAUGGCUCGGACCGAAAUGGCUGACAACAAUGGCAUUGCUGCUGGCACGGCCGACGACAAGCCCAGCAGUAUGGCAAGUAUCAUGCAGAACCACGCAGCACAAGGAUGGGACUGGAUCCCGGAUCUGGUGGACGUCCCCAAUACUCUACUGCGCAAGGUCCCGGAGAAAGAUGUGCGCGCGGCGGAGCUGGAAGGGCAGUACUACCAUCCGAUCAUGCGGCAACUGCAAAUCCGACCUGACCAAUUCGACCGGUUCUACAACGGGGUGAUCCGCCACAUUCGAAACAAACAUACCGAAGAAAUCAAGCGCAACACCGAUGCCAGUCAUAGACAGCUGACCACCCUGGUCCUGCGAGGCUUUGGCUACAUUAUCUGGACAGCCGGCUCAGAGUGGACACUUGACGACAACGACCUUGAACCAGACGAGGUGAGAUUGACACAUGUGAGAGGCGAAGGCAAGGAGAACGAGGAGAACGUCCGAUUCUUCCCCAUCUUCAAAGAGCUGUGGACUCGAAUGCGCAACGUCCUCUUCGAGCCUCGACCCUCAGCAAGACCAGCUCCCCGCCGACGACCUGCUAUCGAUCCAACUGCCCGACGUCGACGACCCGAUCCCAGACGUACACGCACCAGCACUCUUACUGCUAACGACACCACAGACACUGCCGCCGGUGCGGAUACUUCUGCCCCUUCUUCUUCCUUUACUCCUAAUCCUGUCAACUCGUCAUACUAUACUGCCGACGAGGUUUCCGCUCAGUCUACCGGAGGACCAAGUCAAACCUACUCAACCAUGGCACCACCAACCACCAAUCCUUCCGGACAUGGUCAAGGUCAAGCCAGCGGCGGCGGAGCCUCUCGUCGUCCUGCAACACUCGAAGAGCGAGUCUUCUCACAGGUUCCGGCUCAGUUGCCUCGCAACAUGUCCGCAGGUGAGACCGACGAUGCCAUCAUCGAUCUCAUCGCAAUGCUCGCCCGGAUCCGUGCUCGAAGUGACCCGGAGGUCUUCGCCGCUCUGUGGGAACAGCACAUCAUGCGAAUUGACGAGUACGACGCAGUUGAAGCACAGAAUGCUCAGGACGCCAUGGCAGAAGCACGCGCCACAUCUGCAGCUCAACUGGGUCUCACUUCAGGUGGUAAGCUUCCACCAAACCUACCCUCCCCAUCUAGUACCAGAAGACAAACACCCAAAGAUCUAACAUAUACCAAACCAGAUUUCGAAGACUUUACCCUCUUCCCCGAUGUCGACAACAAUGCAUCCACCACCGGUUUUCAAGGCACUACCCCCAACUCAUCGCAAGCCAACGAGCCAUGGGCAUCGUCCGGCAACCCCGUUCCACCGACCCACGCACAACGUGCCGCCUUGACCCCGAUUCGCCCGGCCAUCAUGUCAAUCUACAUUACGGUUCAACACAUUGCCACACCUGUCCUGCUUCCCGUCGACAUCAAUGCUGUCUUUCGACCCACCGCAGCCGCGACCACGGACCUCUCUCGUCAAGCGUACCAUUGGCCCGACGCGCCCGUGGAACCAGAUCGCAUCGUCCAGUUCUUCAUCGGUAUCAACCGCCGCAUUGAGGAUAUGACACCCAAAAUCCUCGGGUAUGUCUUUAGCUAUGGCUGGAAUGAUUCGAUCCGUUUUGUGUCCACCGGACGACUUGAGUUGCGAAAUCUAGAUGAUUUUGUCAAGGUUGAGAACGAGGAGACCAACAUCAAGGAUGGCAACAAGGCUGGAAACAACGACAAGGGUGGCAAUACAAACACCGACGAUGGCAACACCAAUGGUGGCAACGGCAAUGGCAAUGGGGGUGGCAAGAACAAGAAGAAGAAGAACAAGAAGAAAAACAAGAAGAACCCACCCGUCCCAACCACCAUUCCUCAGGAGGACGACGACUUUCAUCUUGACCAAUACCGCUUCUUGACGAUUGGAUGGCAGCAACUGCAAGAUGACCUCGACCACGCUGCUCGUCAGGGUGUUCGAGUCUACCGAAUGAAGGUGGGCGUGGUGGCGUUGGCCCCUGUUGUUUGA